AUGAUCAUAGGGGCCUCGGGCGCCGCGGCAAUGCUGGCGGCCGUGUGCGGCUUGGUCGCGUGGGGCGCGCUGCGCACGGCGGCAGAGAGGAUCGAGUUCUCGAUGACGGUGCGCGGCGUGGACUUCGUCCAGCUCUCCUCGUACCCCUCGCUGUGCUCGGAGGUGAAGGGCAAGAUCCGGGAGGUGGUUGCUUCGAGCGCGGUCCGCGACAUUUCACCGGAGAACGUCGCGGUGGUGCUCGCGGCCGGCUCUGUGGUCGCGCGCACCACCGUCUACCCUCCGCCAGGCCUGGACGUCGUCGAGGUGCAGUCCUCGCUGGACUCGUGCACCACCCUGGGCCACGACGUGGCGGCGUCCAUUGCGAGCAUCCACGGCAUCAAGGCAGUCUCUACUGGUCCAGUGAGCGUGAGCGACAUCAGCUACAUCAGUCAUAUAAGGGCGGCCGGGGGCCCUGCGGGCGGCGACCAGGCGCCGCCAGCGAGCACGUCGACCGCUUCCACGACAGCGGUGACCACCACCGACGUGGCGCCGGCGCCAUUGCCGCCGCCGAGUACGACGGUGGCCACCACGUCCACUAAGGCCUCUGCGGCCACGGCCUCAACGACGCCGAGCACAACGGCCAGGACGACCGGAACUCGGCGGAGCACCGCCACCGCGUGUCCCUCAGCGUGUCCGCUGCAGUCAACCCGCACGGUCACCUCUGUCACCACGUCCACGCCCACGAACGGGCAGCCCGUGGACACGGCCCAGUGUGGCCCGGCCGAGGCCAACGUGCGGUACAUCGCCUCGGAUGUCUAUUCCAUCCCAGAGGUGGCCUCGGAGUCCGAGUGCUGCCUCAAGUGCAGGGUGUUCCCCGCCGAGCAGGGCGGUUGCACCGUGUGGGCGUGGGAGUCGGACUGCGAGGGCUGCCGGCACACAUGUACCCUGAUGGGCGGGGGCGAGGACAAGACGCCCGUGACCAAGGUUGUGCAGCCGGGCGUCGUCUCGGGCCUCGCCGAGCGCGCGCCGGAGGACGACGCCGUCCCGUUCCUCCGCGUGCCCAGCGCGGGGCCGUCGCUGUUCUGUUGGGCGCUGGUGCUGCCCGGCACCUACGAAGAGGAGCUCCUGAAGAUGCAGCACUCUAAGAACUUGAGCAUAUUUGGCUGCGACGGGUGGGACGUGUACAGCAACAUGUCUAUAACUCUCGACCGAGGUCUGAAGACGCGCAUCGUGGACAGCGACCUGUCGUGUGAUAUCGGAGGGGAGUUCAUGACGGCCUUGAACACCGAGAUAUUCCUUGCGGUCGCGCCCGCCCGCAUCCCAGGCUUCGCCCGCGUAGUCUUCAGCGACAAGCGGUACCUCGGCUUCGAGUGGACCGAUGUGCUUCCGUUGCGCGCGGGGGGAGUCCGCGUCGGCGGCGAGCAGCAGGGGCGUGUGGCCAUGUGGGGCGUGCGCGCCUACCUCUUCUGCAGUCGCGGGCCGUCUGGUGCAGUCGCAGCUGCCGCACCACAGUGGACGUGA